AUGUGGGCGCUUACCUUGGCCACGGCCGCAGCCCUCGCGCACGUCGCACUCGCUGCACCCGCAGAUUCUAGUUCUUCAGUGUCGACUGCCAGUGGGAGUGCGAGCACGGGAACGACAGCUACGGAGCCGUUCAGCAUCAGCAUCCAGACAGGCGUACCAACCCUCACCUAUGUCACUGUCACUGCGACCCCUCAGUCGGCGUCCCUGGGUGCACCGCUGCCCUCCCAGGCUGCCCUUCCGCCUGUUCAGGAUUGGUGCAUUGGGGAGAUCUUCUGUGCAGGAGAGAUCCUCCAAACCGUCAACGUCGCCCAGCUCUACGCGGACCCAAAGACCUUUGUCGACAAACCCACCUCCAAAUCCUCCCAACAAGUCCUCGCCGACUUCGCCGCGCUGCAGAACUCAAGUUCUGCUCUCACGGAGGACGACCUCGUCAAGUUCGUCGACACCGACUUCAACGGCGAGGGCUUCGAGCUCCAGCCCCUCGCCCUCACCGGCUUCAGCGCCGACCCGCCCUUUGCCCAGAACGUGUCCGACGAGCUCCUGCGCGCGUUCGCACUCGAGGUCAACAGCUACUGGACACAGCUCGCGCGCGAAGCGAAUGUCACGGCCGAGUGCGAUAUAUACCCCGGCGGCGCGUGCGAGAGCACGUUUAUCCCGCUCAACUACUCGUUCGUCGUUCCUGGCGGCCGUUUCAGGGAACAAUAUUACUGGGAUAGCUAUUGGAUCAUCCAGGGUCUCCUCAAGUCUGGCUUGUAUGACUCUGUCAAUGGUACUCUGCAGAACUUUAUGAGCGAGCUCGAGGACUUUGGGUUUAUUCCCAAUGGCGGUCGCAAGUAUUACCUCAACCGCUCUCAGCCGCCACUCUUCAUUCACAUGCUGUACGACUACGUCACGGCCACAAACGACAGCUCGAUCCUCCAGCGCGCCCUUCCCCUCGCAGAGGUCGAACUCGCAUGGUGGAACACGAACCGCACCGUCCAGGUGACAAGUCCCUACACGAACAAGACCUACAGCCUCGCGCGCUACGCCGUGAACAACACCGCGCCGCGCCCCGAGUCGUACCUCACGGACUACCUCACCGUGCACGACCCGACGCUCCAGACGCCGCUGACGACGGACGAGGCGUCGGCGCUGUACGCCGAGCUCGCGAGCGGCGCCGAGACGGGGUGGGACUACAGCUCGCGGUUCGAGGCUGUGCCGGCGCUGGGGAGCGCAGGGCUGCGGUCGCUGAAUGUGCGGAACCAUGUUCCUGUGGACCUGAACAGCAUCCUCUACAAAGCGCACAUCCUCCUCGCCGAGCUGUACGGCACGUCGAACGCCUCGGCCGUCUCGGCGCACCAGCAGACGGCCGCGUCGAUCCGCGAGGGCAUUCUCGAUCUGCACUGGGACGCGGACAAGCUCGCGUUCUACGACUUUAACUUGACCUCUAAUGCGCGCAACAGCAUUUUUACGAUGGCGAACUUUUACCCGCUCUGGAACGGGAUCGUGCCGGAGGAGGUCCUCGCGAACGCGAGCAGCGCGUUCGCGCAUUUUGCGGCUGUCAACAUGGUCAUGGAACGGUAUAACGGGACUGUGCCGGUGACGUUUUUGGAUUAUACGGGGCAGCAGUGGGACGCGCCCAACGCAUGGCCGCCGCACCAGUACAUCAUCCUCCAGGCGCUGCAAGCGCUCCCCGCGAACCUGACCGGCAGCGCGCUCCCCGCCGCGCCCGCGGGCGCGUCGUCGUAUGCGCUGAUUCCGGCGGGGCAGAUCGGCUUUGCGGAGAGCGAGCUGCCGGGGCAGCUUAUGCUCGGCUCGAAGCAGAACGCGUCGGCCACGGGUCCGGGUGCGGAUGUGAGCGGGAUGGACGGGACGGUUGUUAAUGGGGGGAAUGCGACGGCGGGAGAGGGGUGGGGGGCGAGGUUGCAGCGCGAGCUGGCGAAUCGGUAUUAUACGAGCGUGUUUUGCUCUUGGCACGCGACGGGCGGGUCGAUUCCCGGGCUUUUGGACAGGCUCCCGGAUAGCCAGCUGAAUCUGACGGGGAGUGUGAAUAACACGGGAAAUAUGUUCGAAAAGUUCUCGAACCUCAACGUCGACUCCUCGGGCUAUGGCGGCGAGUACACCGUCCAGGCCGGGUUCGGGUGGACGAACGGUGUUCUGCUCUGGGUCGCCGCGACGUACGGAGAUGUGCUCGUCGCGCCGCAGUGCCCGCCGCUGCUCGCGAGCGAGUUCUCGUCCUCGAGCGGCGCCGUGUCCAUGUCCGUGGGCAGGGCGGGCGUGAUGGGCGCUGUGGCGCUGUUGGGCGGGGUCGUAUUGCAGAUGUUGAUGUAG